AUGACUGAUUUCCAGCCGCUGUCGGACUCCGUCAGGGGCUGUGGGGCCCGGGUGCCCCGCCCUGACCUGGUGGCCUUCCAGGUGCCCCCUAAGCCCGCGCUCUGGGCGCUCCUGCUGGCGCUGCUGGGGCUGGCGUCCGCCCCCACACAGCCGCGCACCUGCAGCGUCCCCGACGUGCUGCGCCACUACCGGGCCGUCAUCUUCGAGGACCUGCAGGCCGCCGUGCGGCAAGUGGGGCUGGGGGCCGAGGGGAGCGGGCCGGGCUCCAGGCGUCCCCACUUCAUUCGGAAGAACCAGACCGGAGCCGCCGCGGCUGCCCGAGGGCGGGGUCGGCCGGGACCCUUCUGCAGUGCCCAGAAGGAGCACAGUAUUCUCGCGUCCAUCGCCUCCCUGGGCCGGACCCUGCGCGGCGCCGCGGCUGGUGGCCACCGUGGGGCCCUGGAGAAGGCUGCCUGGACCGUGGCCCUGCGCACAGAGGCAGUGAUGCGGCGCCACUGCCGGCCGCUGCACCAGCGGAGCCGGCGGCCCCAAACGCGUCCGGAGCAUCCGGAGCAGCGGCGUCGCGGCAGCCGGAGGCGGCUCCUCCUGCGAGCCCUGGACGCCGUCGCCACCUGCUGGGAGAAGCUCUUCGCGCUGCGCGCCUGGGCCCACGCGGGCUCCUAG